AUGGUGGAUCACAGGAUUGUAUUAGCAUUAAAGUUGUUGCUUUUGGUGUUGUUUUUUGAGUCUACAUUUGAGCAACAACAGCAAGAGAGGCUUAGUUCACCAAUAGAGAGAGCAGCUUUACUUGGACUAAGAUCUACUUUGGGCUUAAGAAGCAGGGAUUGGCCAAGAAAGGCAGACCCUUGUUCAGUUUGGAACGGUAUCAAAUGUGAGAAUGGUAGUGUUAGUGAAAUUAACAUUUCAGGGUUUAAAAGGACUAGACUUGGUUCUCAAAACCCACAAUUUAGAGUUGAUUCUCUUGUUAAUUUAACUAGACUUAAAUCUUUUAAUGCUUCUGGCUUUUAUCUUCUUGGUUCAAUUCCUGAUUGGUUUGGUCAAAGGCUUGUUUCCCUUCAAGUUCUUGAUCUUUCUUCUUGCUCGAUAAAUAAUGCUAUUCCAGGGAGUUUAGGGAAUUUGACCAGUUUAACUGGUCUUUAUUUGUAUGAUAAUAACUUUACGGGUAUGAUUCCAUCGAGUUUGGGACAAUUGGUGGGGCUUUCUGUACUUGAUCUUUCGGCAAAUAUGUUUACUGGAUCUAUUCCUGUGUCAUUUGGUUCGCUUCGAAAUUUGACAAGACUUGAUAUCUCUAUGAAUUUCGUAUUUGGUUCGAUUCCAGUUGGCAUUGGGAUGCUUUUGAAACUCCAGUAUUUGAAUUUUUCGAACAAUGACUUGUCGUCUUCGAUACCUGCUCAGCUCGGUGACCUUAGUAACUUGGUUGACCUUGAUCUGAGCUUUAAUUCGUUGACCGGAUCAUUGCCAGCAGAGUUGAAAGGCUUGAGGAAUUUGCAGAGAAUGCUGAUUGGGAACAAUAUGCUUGGCGGGUCUUUGCCAGUCAAUUUGUUUCCUGUUCCAAGUCAGUUGCAAACUGUGGUUUUGAAGAGCAAUAAUUUUGAUGGUGCGGUCCCUGAUGUGCUGUGGUCAAUGCCUCAGUUGCGCUUGCUUGAUAUCUCCGGCAACAAUUUCACUGGUAUGCUACUGAAUGCUAGUUUGAAUGCUAACACCACUACUGCAGAAUUGAAUAUAUCCCAGAAUUUGUUUUAUGGGGGUCUUACACCUAUUCUGAGAAGGUUUGGCUUUGUAGACCUGUCUGGUAAUUAUUUUGAAGGCAGGGUUCCAGAUUAUGUGAAUGACAAUGCUUCUCUUGUUAGCAAUUGUCUCCAAAAUUUGUCAAAUCAGCGGAGUUUGCAUGAUUGUACUUCUUUCUAUACUGAAAAGGGCUUGACUUUUGAUAAUUUUGGACUACCGAACUCCACGCAACCUCCAGCCAGGGAAAAUUCACGAAAGAGCAACAGAAAGGUCAUCAUAUUGGCAAGUGUUUUGGGAGGAGUUGGGCUUAUUCUGCUUCUGAUUAUAUUGCUAGUACUGCUGCUCUUUUGCAUCCGUAAGAAGGGCACUACGACUCAAAGAGGGGUUGGGGUUGGUCCAGUAACUCCAGUUCCUUCUGGGAGCAGUCCACCACCUCCUGGAGUAUCAAUUGACUUUUCAAGUUUUGGGGAAACAUUCACAUAUCAGCAGCUUCUCCUAGCCACCGGUGACUUUAGCGAUUUGAACCUCAUCAAACAUGGCCAUUCAGGGGAUCUCUACAAGGGAAUCUUGGAAAGUGGGAUCCCUGUGGUUAUAAAAAGGAUUGAUCUGCAGUCCCAAAGGAAGGAAGCGUACUUAUUGGAAUUGGAUUGUUUUAGUAAGGUUUCACAUCCCAGAUUGGUUCCCCUUUUGGGACACUGCCUAGAGAAAGAAAAUGAGAAAUUUCUGAUUUACAAACAUAUGCCAAAUGGAGACUUGUCAAGUUCCUUGUACAGGAAAACUAAUUCAGAAGAUGAUAGUUUGAAGUCAUUAGAUUGGAUAACAAGACUGAAAAUUGCAAUAGGAGCUGCUGAAGGUUUAUCUUAUCUGCAUCAUGAAUGCACACCGUCCAUUGUGCACAGAGAUGUUCAAGCCAGCAGUAUACUCCUUGAUGAUAAAUUUGAAGUACGGUUAGGGAGCCUGAGUGAAGUCUGUACUCAAGAAGGAGAUACCCGUCAAAGCAGGAUUACAAGGUUGCUGCGUCUGCCUCAGUCAUCGGAACAAGGUACUUCUGGCUCAUUGACAACCACAUGUGCCUAUGAUGUUUAUUGCUUCGGGAAGGUAUUAUUAGAGUUGGUUACUGGAAAGCUUGGCAUCAGCGCAUCUAGUGAUGCCCAGCUGAAGGAAUUUUCAGAACAGAUUCUACCGUACAUUAGCAUCUAUGACAAGGAGCUUGUAAUAAAAAUUGUGGAUCCAUCUCUGAUCAUUGACGAAGAUCUGUUGGAGGAAGUUUGGGCAAUGGCCAUUGUUGCGAGGUCUUGCCUCAAUCCAAAGCCUUCAAGGCGCCCCCUCAUGAGAUACAUCCUUAAGGCUUUGGAAAAUCCUUUGAAGGUAGUGAGGGAAGAAAAUUCUGGUUCUGCAAGGCUUAGAACAACUUCUUCUAGAUCUUGGAAUGCUUCGCUAUUUGGGAGUUGGCGUCACAGCUCAUCUGAUGUAGCAGUCAUUCCAGCGGGCUCUAGUGCCAGGCCAGAAGGAGAAAGUAGUUUUAAACAGUCAGGAGCUUCAAAUUCACAGGGUAGUGGCCAAAAUAGUGGCGGCGACCAUUCAUCUUCACAUAGACGGCAUUCUAGAGAGAUUUACCCUGAACCAUCUGAUGAGCAAGAUGUAGAGAGACAGGAUUAA